AUGAAAAUUGUAUAUAUACUCAUAUUUCUGAUAAGUGUAGUGAAAAGUAAUAAUAAGUUUACUUUUUUACUAAAUUCAGGAGAUAUAAGUAGAACAAGCUUAGAAUUCUCUGCAAAUCACCCAGUUUAUUAAAUAGGUCUAAGAUGUGAUGUAAAUAGUAAUUGAAUAUUCUUAGAAUCAUAAUAAUGAUUUGUGGUUAUCAAAUAAUUAUAGCAAUUUGAUAGUUACACCUAGUUAGAGAUAAUUUUAUAAGUGUUCUGAUAAAAACUUCACAAUAACUCUAUCAAAUGAUUUUUAAGAUGAUUAUGCAACCAUAAUAGUUGAAGACUACAAUAGCUCUAAAAAGAUUUAAAGUUUUGAUUUCAUAAGUGAUACAUAAAAUUAUUAAAAUACUGCUUUGACAGUAAAUAAGGCUAUCACUUAAGGACUUUAUUAUGUAAAAAAUGAUUUCAGUUUAAAAAUAUCAUUUCCUUCAACAGUUUAUGUUGAGAUAUUGAAAUGUCCGAAUUCUGAAAGUCAAAUUGAUAUAAAACAAUUUGAUAUAAAUGGAUUAUAUAGAAAUUUGAGUGGAAUAAAUAAUAAUACUUAUUUUUAUGAUGUAUUUAAUACAAGUAAUGGAACAUUUAAUUACAGAUUGACAUAAUCUUCUUAUGAUAGUCCUGAUGUGUUUAUAAAAGUAAUAAUUAAUAAAUAUCAUUAGUAUUAAAGAGUUUAGAUAGAGAAGAUAAAUGAUAUAAACUCAUAUACAAUUAAUUACUACUUAAAGCCAUCAGCUACUGUGAAAGGGGAUAAAAUAUUUAUAUCAUUUCCAAACUUUUAAGUAUAUAAUAAUGAAGAAGUGGAAUACAGAAUAACGGUUGGAUUUUAAAAUUCAGAAUAAAAAGAAUUAAUAUGUGGUUAUGGUGAUAGUGAUAUAUGGAGAUAAUAUAAUUCAUAUUAUAUGAAUAAAUACAGUUUAAAAUACUAGAAAUAUUCAAAUAAUGAAAUAGUAGCUGAUUUUCCAAGUUACUUAUAAGGUAAUUAUAAUAUUCGAACAACUGCAAUAAUUAAUUUUGGAGGGAUUCAAUAAACAAUUCCAAUGCAAACAAUAUCAGUUUAUCGAAAUCUGUAUUCACCAACUGGAUCUUUAUUGAUCCAUAUUUUGGCUCCUAUUAUUAUAUCUGUUUUAGCAUUAGUUGGAUUAAUUAUUGGAGGUUGCAAAUAUAAGAAGAAAAAGAAUAUCUAUUUACAAUAAUAAUAAAUUUAAUUAAUACAAUAACAUAACUAAAUUUAAAAUCCUUAUGUUGGAAUGUAAUGA